CAGCUGAAUAGAUGAAUUGCCAAAAUGGCAGCAAGGAAUGAUAUGAAGCUGGAAAAACUAAUUGAUGAAGCUACAAGGAAAAAAGAUUUCCAAUUAUUAGAACAUUUUCUGCAAACAAAAGACUGUGAAAAUCUCUCUCAUAAAUGCAGCAAACAGUUUGUCAACAAAUUAGACAAGCUUCUGUGCCGGGAACUUGACAAACAAGAAAUCAAAAACAUUUCAACUUUACUAAGUUCUUUUCAGAAAUGUGGGAAAAAGAUCAGCAUAGCAGGCGAAGAUGGGUUCCCAGCAAUGAUGAAAUAUGGCCUUGUUGAAAGGAUGGUCAGUUGGUUUGAAAAGGUAAAAGCAGUUCUGAUCCUUAGAGGAAACGAGAAAAAUGAAGUGCUUACAAGUCUAGCUGAAGAUUUCUUUGACAUGUUGCUGGUUAUAUAUGAUACCAGUCCUGAAGGUAAAAUGCAAAUACUAGAAAACUUUGUACUGAGAGCGUGUACCCUUAUUGCUGAUGUAAGAAUUAAUAUUUACGUUCAGCAGGAGGUAGUAAGAAAACUUAAUUUAAUGCUUGACAACAUGCCUCGAGAUGCCAGGAAAAAGCUAUUUUCUGCAAAGGAAAUGUUGCUUGUCAUGUGUGAUAUGGGGAGAAGAAUUUUAGAUGCCGGAGACUAUGACCUGCAAGUAGCCAUUACAGAAGCUUUAUGCAGAAUGACAUCAGAAAAACAAAGAGGAGAACUGGCAUGCCAGUGGUUUUCCAUGGAGUUUGUGUCCAAUGCAUUUAAAGGAAUUAAAGAUUCUGAGUUUGAAACAGACUGCAGAAAAUUUCUGAACCAGGUGAAUGGCAUGCUUGGAGACAAAAGAAGAGUUUUUACAUAUCCAUGUUUAUCAGCAAGUCUUGAUAAAUAUGAGCUACUGAUGCCAUUGGAUGAAAAUCUUGAAGAAUUUUGGAUAGAUUUUAACAUUGGUAGUAGAAGUAUAUCUUUCUAUGUGUCAGCAGUUGAUGCUGAUCAUCAAUGGGAAACUGUCAUUAUACCAGAAGAAGAGGUAGAACAGUAUAGCCUUGAAGAAAAAGAUUCAAAGAAAUUAUUAACAAUAAGUCUCAAAAGCCCGAUGAGUGUGGGAGAUCAAGGAGGAGAGAAAUUUUUUUUAUAUUUUGAUUCAAUCUUGGAAAUCAAAGAUGUAACCAGAAAGAUUUAUGGAGUACAUAAAUGUAAGGGAUUUAAUAAGAAGCAAUCUACAUCAGUUGCCAAAACAACUGUACAUGUUGUUUUCGAUGAAAGUGGGUCACAGGUUCUGGUACCAGAAAGUCAGUUGUCACCAGGUUUGGAGGAAAAAGGUGAAGUGGAAGAGAAAUUCAGGGAGUCCAAAAACCAGCAACUUCCUGGAUCCCUGAGGACUCUGAAUAAAAAGCACACUGAAGACAUGUGCAAAGAUGCUUCCUCCAAGAUAAUCACGUCUUGUAAAAGGAAAGUGUCUGAAGCAUCAGUGGUUAUUCCUGGAACUACAAGACUUUCUACAAGGAGUCCACUGGAAUUUUUUGGUACAUCCACGCCCUGUAAAGGACGAUUUAAGUUGCCUUUGCAAAUGAUGAGCUCUUCUGAAAGGGCUAACGUUAAUGCAAUAAAUGAGACCAAAACAAAGAAUUUGUAUCAAGAAGCUACUGGAGGUAGACAGAGGUGUGUGCUAGACAAUGAGUUUUGUGAAACACAACAGAGUAUCAGGAAGUCAAAAACCCGAAGUGAGGCAAAACUACCUGAAAAGCAAAUGUGUGCUGAAGAAGUUUUAGAAAUGCUACAUGAGACAGAACAUGAGGCCAGUCAAAGGCAAACUUCAGAUGAAGUAUUAGAUAUUGUUCCUGAUUCUCAGCCAGUAGGGAGAUGCAACAAAUCUUCUUUAUUGCCUGGUCUCUUGGAAAGCUCUUCUGAUAAAAUAAAAAUAUGGAAAAAACGAGCAUGCUCUGUUCCUGAGACUAAUAUAACGACCUGUGACAAGCAAAAGCUAAAUCCGUCAUCAGGGCAUACAUCCCAUCCAGCUAGAGUGUCUGAAACAUCUUUGAAUUCUGAUUUUACAAAAUACAAGGAUAUGAAAGAGGAAGCUGGUAUUUUCUUUAGAAAAGAGACUGCAAAUUAUAAACAGUCAAAGAUGAAAACAAAGUCUAAGGAAAUGAAAGAAGCAACAAAAUUACUAAUUAGUAACAUCAGUGACAGAUAUAAACAAAAGAUUGACGAUAAAAGCAAAUCAAGAGACUCGUCAGGUUAUAGCAGACCACACUUACAUAAGUCCCAUUUCAGUGUCUAUAAGGAAAAAGUUCAGAACAGAAACCUGAAAACUACUACUUUUCUUAAUAUAACUGCAGGUCAUGUUGUGGAUGAUGUCUACAACUUUAACAUCAGUGGGUUUGAUGAGCCUACAAUAAAGCUUGGAGUCCAAGAAUUGCAUGUUACUGAACUGAGUGUUAAUACAAAUCCAACCAAAACGGGGAAUCCAGAUGAAAGUACAAUUAGCGCUGAAGUGAAAGGAGAAAAAAAACCUAAAAACAAUCGAAACAAGAAGCAUCUCUUCAGUGACACAGACACAGACUACAGAGGUGAUGAGAGCAAGACCGACAUCAGUUGGCUACAAGAAUCAAAUAGGAAAUCUAAACCACAGUUAAUUGAUUACUGUAGAAGUAAAAACUUAGGGAAAUCAAUAAGCACAGAAAAAAAUAAAUUCUCUGGACCUGAAUGCCAGAUGGAUUCAUCUAAAGGAGAAAAUACAAAAAAGAAAAAGAUAACCAAAUGUAAAAAACCAAGUCCUGGAACUGAUGAAAUGAUGGAACAAACCACCAGACCAAAACGAUCUCGAAGAGCUGUCUUAGCAAAAAAUUACAAGGAACCUUCAAGUUCAGAGUCAGAAGGGAAGUCUUCAGCAUGCACCUCUAAGAAAGAGAAAACAAAAGCACAGGAACAUAUACAUGGGCAAAACAAAAAUGAUAAUCAGCAGAAGAAACUGCAGAAUGUUUUAUCUAUGGAGCCAAAAAAGAGAGUAGCAGACUAUACACAUAAAGCAUUUAUUAAAUCAAAGGAUUCUGCAAAUCAAAAAGAAAUUGAAAUGCCUUCAUCUGAAAGUCCUGCAUCUCUUGAGGCAAUGAGAUGUGCUGAAAGAAUAUCAGAGGGAGACUUUACUCCAGAGCACAUUUCUAGUGAAAGAUCACCUGGGCUUCAGGAGUCAACACCAGGAAAAAUGGAAACUUUAAACUUUGGGAAAGGAAUCUCUCCCAGCAACUUCUGUCCACCAAAAAAGAAUAUUCAAGCUAUUCAUCUAAAUCAGUCCCCUCGCGAUAUUGUUAAAAAGUUAACAUUUGGAAGUAAAAGUUUCUCAUCUGUUUUAACUGCCGCAUCUCUGCUCAGCUUAACUCCAGUAACCACAUAUAAAACUCUCAGUGGAAAACAUGCAGAGGGAUCUGUAUCUGAAACAUGUGAUGCUAAUGAAGAUUUGAGUCUUAGGCGCUGCUCUUCAGAGAAACUUUCUGUUGAAGGAAAACUGCAAGAUAUCACUAAACCUAUCAUCAAAAGCAAAGAAGAUUGUUUGCCACCAUCUCCGUUAUCCAUUUCCAGUGGAAGUAAAGUACAGUCCUGGUGUGAAGAACCUUGUGGCCCCAUACAUGAGUCUGGACCAACUAUACAAACUUUUCUUAAACGAAGGUACCACAGUGAUACAGAAAGCAAUUCUGAUGAAGCAGAAACAAACAAAGAGGAGGAAAAGAAAGGAAGCAGAACAACAAAGCUGCUGCCUAGAAAAUUAUUUAAACCAGAUGAUAAUACUACUUACAGAGUGUCUGAAAGCAUAUCUACUUUCUCUGUAAAUGAUCUGUCUGUUUUGGAUGGAGACAUCUGGGAACCUGGUUGUUCAACUAUCGGUAUAUGUCAGAAGCUCCAAGCAGAAUUUACUAGGAAAAUCCAGAGCCGUUCGAGGAAAAUGGAUCAUUUUACUAAGCAAUCAUUAAGAGCUGCUCACCAGCAUUUGGCAACAAUGAAUUAUCAGCUUCAUGAAUGCAGGAUCAGGCAGCUGGACAAAUUUCAUUUUGCUAUCAUUGAGGAGCUUGAGAAUUUUGAGAAAGAUUCUCAGUCUUUGAAAAAUAUGGAAAAAGAAUUCUCGAGUUUUUGGAAAAAACAUGCACAUACUUUUAGUACAUACACGAAAAAUGAGCAACAGAGAAUUCAGAUUCUUAAAACUUCGUUUGAAAAAAACAUCUACCACACUGUUGAUUACGAGGAACAUAUUUUUACUUCUGAGAUGCAUCUGAUGAAAGAAGACAUGAAAGGACUUCAAGAGAAACUUCUUAAAGAAAUGCAAGAGGAGGAACUCUUUAAUGUUCGCAGAGGAUUGCAGACACUAUUUCUAUCAGAAGACAGAAAAUUCUAAUGUAAUGAUUUCAGUUACUUACCUGAAGUUCAAGGUGAAUAUAAACACACUUUUUUAAAUGUGAAAUUCAACACCUAGGGGUGGUUAGGGUUUUUUUGUUUUUUGUUUUUUGUUUUUUUAAACCCAAAGCAAACUAUCGUAAUGGAAGAAUGUUCUCAUUAAUGAGAUUAAAGUCUUUUGUAGAUAAGAUUUCUUUUCUAUUAGAGAGAUUUGGGAUUAUUUUACUGAAUCUGCUAAAAUGCAAUAUGAUAUGUAAAUUUUUGGAUUUUUAGCAAAGUGCUAUUUUUGAAGGAGUCUAUUAAUAACUUUUUUUAGUUUAUUUACCUGACUUUCAGAGAAAAAAUAGUCACUUCCAAUGCAUGUUUUGGGUCUGUGUAUACAGAGGACCUCUUUUGUCUGAUCCAGAAUAUAGCUAUAAAUUACUUAGGGAUCAAAUAGGAAGUAUGAGAGCUCUAUCCUCUUAAUCUGUGGUAUUAGACUUCAGUAGGCGUUUCUAAGAGAAAAUAAAAUUGUAAAGGGGUAUGGUUGAACUAUGUUGCAAAUAUUUGUAUUAAAUGUUUCAGGAAAAAUA